AUGGCAGCAAGUAAUCCAACAAAUUAUCCACUAGGCUCUCCGCAACAGCAUACCGAAACGUGCGAAUUACAUAAAUUACCAAUUGAUAUGAAUUGUGAGGACUGUAAAACAUUUAUAUGUAACAUGUGUGCAAAAAGAGAUCAUAGAGAUCAUGACUGGAAACCUCUAACCAGUUCAGCUACCGAGCGGAGACGAGGACUAGGUAAAUUCCUUGAGAAGAUAAAGGAAGAGGAUCUUUCUGAAAUCAAUGAGGAAAUAGAAAAGAUAAAAGAACAGCUUAUAGAAAAUAAAGAUCUUUGUGCCGUUGAAAUCUCAAAGGUGCAGAACCAUUUCCAUGAUAUAGGGGUCAAGCUGAAAGAAGUCAAAGAACGCUUUGAAAAAAAAUUGAAAGAUAAUUUGGUUGAAAAGAAUUGUCGACUGGAGAUUAAAAAAUCUGAUUUAGACCAGAAAAAGAAACGUAUUGUUGACAUGGUGGAAUUCUUGAAGAAGAACAACAGCACCAUGUCAGACUAUAGCUUGAUUGACAACCACAGAGAACUGACAAAAUUGCUGUCUGAAUUGGAGAUUCAAACGGCAAACCGUGAACAUUCAGUGAGGUUCAUUAGAGGUGAAAUCAAUAAUAACUUACCCGAGUCUUUGGUUGGCUACACUUUGGAUUUGGAUGAUAUGGGCGUGACUGAAAUAGACAGUUUUCAACUUGGAGAUAAAGAAAUACCGGUAUCUGUGUUAGAGACAAUUAGUGAAGACCAAUGUUAUGUAUUAGAUAAAUCAAAAUGUGUAAAAGUAAAACUAGGGCCUACAAAAAAGAAAAACGUAAAUAUCACUGUUAAUGCAAAUGAUAUAUGUUUGACUGCUAACAGUUAUGUUUAUUUCACUGACUCCAGUAACAAAACCAUCCGCUUUCGGUCAUCAUCAGGAUCUUUCUCUACAGUCAACAAUAAAGAUCCACUGGAACCACUAGGAAUCUGCCAGUCAGUGGACGGUAGACUACUGGUCACCUUUAAAGACAAUGAAUCAGAUCCUUACAAAUUAGAGUCACACAGCAGACGUCUGGUGAGACAUAUCACAUUGACAGGUGAUGUCAUCCAUGAGUAUGAGUACCAGGAGGACGGUCAGACCAGACUGUUUACUUUGCCACUCAGAGUUACACAGAACAGAAACAGUGAUAUAUGUGUUGUGGAUGAAGCAAGCCUUUCUACAGCUAACCUAGUGGGUAUUUCUCCCUCUGGUCAAAGGAAGUUUCUCUACCUUGGACGGAACCUGUCUGAGAACUUUAAGGGAACAGAUGUAGCAUGUGACUCCCUCUGUAACAUCCCUGUUACUGACAUUAACAACAAACACAUCCAUCUCCUGAGCCCUGACGGGGAGUUCUUGAAGUUCUUACUUACAGAAAACGAAAUGAAGUACCCACGCUCUUUAUCUUUGUAUAAGUCUACACUUUGGGUAGGAAACAACAAUGGAUUUGUCAAAGUGUUUCGCUACAAAUAA